AUGUCUCCAUUUCUAACACGGUCAAUCAAGAGCAAGUUUGUUAUAUCUCCUCCAGCUAAUGUCAAGGAGACUAUUCUAAAUAAGAACCCAAUACUAUGCUCUAAAAAGGAGAACCCGGUUCAAUACGAAGCUGUUUCUGAAGUUGUCGUUAAGCCUGGGUCAUCUGUAAACAUCAAGAUCUCAGCUUCUGAGAUUGUUGAGGACUUGUUUUUCUUGCAUGGGUUCACUAAUGAAUCGCGGAAUUAA